AUGCGCGAGUCCAACUUCAGCAACCCGGCCCAGAACAAGGCCUGCAUUUGCAUUUCGGCCGCCGUCUAUGAUCGCAGAGCCAUCGACUGCACGGCGACGUUGCCGCUCAUCAACUCGCUCAAUCACUUGGCCUAUCUCACGUCGACAUCACCGCGCAUCCGUGAGAUGCUGACGCUCGAUGGUGGCCUGGAGAAGUUGAUUCGCAUCCUGCGCCAGACGCCUCGCGCACCUACGCAGCCCAACAUGCGUGGCGUCAUCACAAAGGAGAUGCAGGGCGUGUGGAAAUGGACGCUGGCGUUCCAGUGCGUCGUCAACAUUGGUGUGCGUGGCAGCGAGAACGUCCGGACGAGGGUGGUGGAAGCGGGCAUUGUCCCCGUCACGCUCAAGGUGCUCGAGAGCUACCUCUACACUGCGCGUCCCCACAGCCAUCACCAUGCUCAUCACCACCACCAUCAUCACCACCAUCACCACCAUCAUUCUUCGCAGCGAGCGAGAGGUGACGCAGCACCAAUUGUCUCACCCACAGACAUGAUCUUUCGAGAAGAGGAGGUGCUGCUGAGUCUGCAGUUGCUCGCGUACCUGUCCAAGUACGCCCACGUCCGCGCUCUCUUCCACUCGGAAAUGUCGACGAUGAACUUCAACGAGAGGCUCAACAAUCCGGUGGCGCCUGAGAUCCAGUACUGGGCAGGGGUGAUCAUGCGGAAUGCCUGCCGAAAGGACGAGUCGCGAGGUGGACUGCGCCAGUGUGCCAACAUGCUGUGCGGCAAGUGGGAGUCGCAGCCGAGAGAAUUUGCAAAGUGCCGGCGGUGCCGGAAGGCAAAGUACUGUUCUAAGCAGUGCCAGAGUAAAGGGUGGCAGAUGGGCCACCGCUUCUGGUGCAGCGCCCGC